AUGGAGCUGUCUGUGCUCUGCCUCCUGACGCUGGCCCUCGCCUUUGUCCCUCAGCUCUCAGCGACAGUAGGACCUUCAGUGCCUUUGGUCAAAGAUGGAGUCUGUCCCAAACCCACCUUGGUAAUGGAUCCCAGCGUGGUGAGGUGCCUGAUAGAGUGUACCUCGGACUGGGAAUGUCCUGAGGAUAAGAAGUGCUGUGAAAACGCCUGUGGGCACAUUGGCAUCUGUGUGACGCCAAAAAAAGUAUUUGCAGUACCCAAAAAGGGAUUCUGCCCAACUCCAGAGGGUUUUGGGAUCUGUGUUGAACAGUGCUCCACUGACCAUGAUUGUGAGAAGAACCUGAAAUGCUGCUCUAACAACUGUGGAAAAACCUGUGUGGAGCCACUCAUGAAGGAAAAAAGGGGAAGAUGCCCAGCUCCGUUCACUCGUUUGGAUUGUAAACGUGACGAUAAGUGCAACAAUGACUAUGACUGUAAAGAUGGCCUGAAAUGCUGCUUCGACGGCUGUGAGAAAAUCUGCAGGAAACCACUGGAAAGGAAAAAGGGAAUCUGCCCUAAGCCAAUCCCUCAUUUCGCCGAAUGUGAUGCUACAUGUGAUAAUCACAACAAGUGUGAAGGCGAUCUUCUCUGCUGCUACAGCGGCUGUGGAAUGGAGUGUCUGGAACCUUUCAUGGAGCUCAGAGGAUGA